GAUUACGAAUAUUUUAGUUGAAAUGAAAAAGCAGGUUUUUAAACAUUUUAAUAGUUAUUAUAAGAUUUAUGUAAGAGACAGUUAACGCUAUUUAGAUAAGGACAAAAAUAUUAUGUUUCCUAAUAUUCAAUAAAUUCAAAUGUUAUCUAGGUCUAGUCUAUUGGUUCAAAAACUUUUGUUGAGAAGAGAUAGCGUUAUAGGUUAAAGUUUGUGUGAGAGAGAAGCAUUUCUCAGAAGAAUUCGUUUGCAGUUCGUUUCGUCACACGUUUUCUUUGUCGGUGAUUGGCGGGUUUCGGAAGAGGGUGGCGCAUGCGCGUUAUGCCGACGCCAUCUCUAAACUACUGUGCCUGUUAUGUACUUGUUCUGGAGUGAAGUGAAUGGAAAUUCAUGGUUAAAAGUGCUAAUAAAUCAUGGAAUUGUUUUGCUGCAAUUUAGAUCUUGCGUAUUUUUAGUGAAUUGAAACUUUAAAGUGCAAGUGUGAGAGUUGAAGUCUUCGGCGGGUAUCAAGGAAGUUCCUGGUUAUAGCAACGCAUUAUUUUUUGUUGCUAAAUCGUUCGCGGGUAGUCGUUGCCGUCUAUUUCAUGGGCUAUUGUCACCAAAACAGCUAGUGCUCGCUUUGUGGACGCAUACGCGUUCAUUAUGAAUUCUGCUUUGAAACCUGUGUUGGCACAACCGGGGGUUCCGCAGCCCGGUGGACAAUCUAGUCCCGCCAAAGGCAACGUAGCCACUGUGAACCACGCUGUAGGACACCCCCAAGGUGCGCAGAAUUCUCUUCAUCUCGGGAACAACUUAGUUGGGCACAAUCUGACCCACCACGCUCCGGCGCCUCCGCUGCUGCCACACGCAGUACCUUCCAUGGCUCCCAUAUCUGCAAACAUGGCUCAGAUGGCUCAGAACAUGAGUCACCAUGGCAACCUGUCCCAUGUCACACAGAAUUCUGUGGCUCCUGCUGUAGCAGCGAGUCCAAGUAAAACUACAAGUUCACCAUUGAGUUUAGUGCAAGAUAAGGCAAAUACAUCCCAGCCACUAGCUCUAACGAGAACUCCUGAAAAGAAAGAUGCUGAUUCAACUGGUCCUGCCAAUGGUACCAUAGAUUCUACAAAAUCUGGCACAAACACUCCGAGUCCAUUGAAACCUCAAAAUCCAGAGAGCAAUAAGGAAAAACAAGAUAUUGCUAAGACAUCACCUAGUACCCCUAAACCACCUGAGAAGACCUGGAGUGGGCCACCUCAAAAAUCUGAAACAUCAAACUCUAAUAAUCAGACAGAAGGCUCUACACAACCUAAAAUGGCAACAGCUAAUGAACCACCUGAGAAGUCACCUUUAAAACCAAUAGAAAUUAAACCAUCACCGGCAGCUGAUGUUGCUCCGAGUCAGAGUGACAGUAAGCCAGAAACAGCAAAAGACAGUCAAUUACAAGAGAAAGCAUCACCAACAGAAAUUGUUUCAGAGGUUAAAGUUGAGAAACCAAAAGACACUAAGGAGGAAACUAAGAUUGAACCUCAGUCUUCUGAAGUAAAGAAUGAAGAUAAAGUUGACAGCUCAAAAAAAGAGGAACAAACCGAACAGAAACCACAAAGUUCGGAUGAGAAAAUUGAAGAAAAAAAACUAGAACCAAAACAGAUUAAAGUUGAUAAUAAACCGAAAUCAACUCUCAAGCUGGCCACAGUAACACCUCCAAUGAGAAAAAGACGACAGACAUCACUGAGCAAGACUAAUGAUGGAUCUACUCCAGCUAAAAAGUCAGUUGAAGAUGCUUCUUCUGAAACUAGAAUGAAGAGAAAUAGGACAAAGGUGCAAUUAUACCAAUCUCCAACUCCUGAAUUGGCCAUGGCGACAAAGUUAUCUGCUUCAGCAGGCCGUUCUACACCAACCAAACCGAAUGAUGACAAACUAAUUGUCUUCUACAAAAAUGAAUAUUUGGCAGUACGUAAUGCAGAAGGUGGAUUUUAUGUAUGUCAGACAAUGCAAAAUGUUUACCGUACUACACGCAAAAUCAAGAUUCGUUGGCUUUCCCAAGAUAAAUCUUCAGAUCCAUCAGGGGAAACAUAUAAACCAGAUUUCUAUGAUAUCACAGACAUGGAGUGCGUGCUGACGACGCUGUCGCUGAGCCGCGCGCCGGGCGGCGGCGGGGCGCAGCUGCUGAAGCCCGCGGAGGCGGCCCGGGCCAGCUCCAUACUCGAACGGGCACUGAAGGCGGAACAUUCUGGUGGAAACAAUAUAGAAUUAACCGAAGAACACCCUGAUGGAUUGGACCUGUCGCUGUACACGGACGAGUCGCAGCUCGACAAGAAGUCGCGCAAGAGGAACAGCUCCAAGUCCUCGCCGCGCUCCAAGCUCGACUUCACCGACGACGACGCGAGAGACGAUGCGACGCCCGUCAAAAAAGCGCGAACGAUGCCAAAGCGCAGUCCAAAAAGCGCACGUAAAAUUAAAAGCUCGGCGUCGCCAACAAAACAAUCUAAACGGAAGUCGGCAGGUAGUAAGGCGGCCGCAAGCAAGGUAGGCAUAGUACAACGGAUAUAUAGACAUACGGCAACACCAGUAACGGACAAAUCGAAAAAGAGUACGCCGACUAAACGAACCGUCGCUAAGCACAAGGACAAGCUCGACACUCCUCCAGCGACCACCACUCGGAAGGGUAGAAGGACUUCUGCGAGAGAAUUGAAACCAUCCCCCAUAGUGCCGACUCCGUCCACGUCGACGGGCAAGACUACUCGCACUCCGCGGAAACCUCCUUCAAAGAAAUAAUAUAAACUUCACUCUACUUGACGAAGGUCAAGUAAAAGGACUAUUGUGCCGAAUAGACGUUGCGUAUAUUACGGAUUUGUACUUUAAGUGUCUUAUAUGAUGUAAGCUGAUGGGCCAUCGGACGCGUCCGGGAUCGAUCGGUAUCGGUUUAGCGACGAUCAUUAGAAUCGAUUAGAAUGAAUUUUCGUGGUAUUUUUUUUCUCUUUAUUUUUUUCUGUUGAAACUUAUCAUUUUUUAUUUGUCAACGAACGCGACGAUUCUUAAAUAGUAAUAAUUAAUAGUUGAGUUUGAAGGCUUUCAUCGUUUAUAGUAGUAUUCUAACAGUUUGGUAUUUUUGAAGAAAAAAACCUAAAAAAACUAGAAUGUUCUUGACCAAGCUUAUUUCAAUAUCAAUGGUACUAUUUUACGUGAAACUAGUUAAUUGACGUAAUUUUUAUUGUUCGAUAAGCCUGGAUUUAUCGAUUCCGUUAAGAUGUGUAUUAAGAAUUGCUUAUUUGAGGAGUAUCAGAAUAAAAUCAAAUAAAUCAUCCUUAAUGAGUCAAUGCUGAUAAAACUCAUUUAACUCUGUUAAUUUUAUUUAAAUAAAGCCACGAUGACAAAUUUCCAAAUGUUACUUUGUGAAUAUAGAAAUUUUUGAUUUUGUAUUUAUGCAAAACACCAAACAUGACCAGACAUGAUAAAUAAUAUAGUAUAUCUAAUAUAGAAAAUUCUCGUGUCACAAUGUUCGUUCCCAUACUCCUCCGAAACCGUUUGACCGAUUCUCAUGAAAUUUUUUAUGCAUAUUCAGUAAACCUGAGAAUCGGCUACUAUCUAUUUUUCAUACCCUUAAGUGAUAAGGGUUGUCCACCCCUAAGAUUUAUUUUUUAUUUUUUGGACAAUUUUUUUUUGUUAUAAUGAGACAUUAUGUGGUUGAAUGAGGUAUUGUUAUUUUUAUAUUCCUUCAUCGUUCACAGCGCUACGUGCCUCUUUCACUCAUCUACCACAUCCUUACACGCUUACAAUAAGUUAGUUUUAUUUUUCUACACUAGAAAUUCCCUAGAAAUCUUAUAUAUGGCAAAACAACGUUUGCCGGGUCAGCUAGUGUUUCUAUAAUAUACUUUAAAAAGAACCACCACAAACAAAAUGUCUCUGAGUCUGGUGGGAAUGUAGUUCAAUCGUCUUUUUUUUUAAAUACCAUCACCAAAAAAUACCUUAUUUGAAUUAGACCAUUAGUGUUACCAUUUAGUGCCUUGUAAUUGGAAGAAAUUUAAAAAAACACUCAUGCCUCUUGUUAUGUACGGUGUUCGCAUUGAUAUGUCUAUGGGCUCACUGACCUUCCAAACAGGUCGACCUCAAGAACUUGUCCAAAAUAAAUAAAAAUCAGAAAAAAUAUUUAAUACCUAUCUGUAGAAAUUUUAAUACAUAAUUGUGACCAAUUAAGGAUAGUAUAUUUGCUUUACAGAUUUUUAUUCUGAUCCUUCUCAAUGUUGUUUAUUAUUUCGUAUCUUUCCACUUUGAAUAAACAAAAUUGUUACAUGUUUCCAAAGUCCCAUUUGAGUUUGUUCACUGUAUAUUGUUUAUUAUUAUUUUUCCUUCAUGGUGUAACUUAAACAACAUAAUUUUAAAAUAAUAUCGUUCACGAAAACUUCUUAGUAAUGAAUAUUUUAACAUAAACGUGAAAUUUUCCCCAUUUUAAAUGAGAUUAAUUUGGCUUGGUUAUAAUUUAUUUCAAUGUACUACUAAGUAACGUGUUAAAAUAUUCAUUAUCUAACACUUUCGAUAAAAUAUAGAAUUUAAAUAUUUAAUUGUUAAAUCAAGUACAGUAAAAUGUUUAUUUAGAAUAAAGCACGUUUUUUUCCAUAUUAUAUUUUUGGGAGUUUCUGAAAGAACUCUCCUUAUCUAUAAAUACUUGGAACUAAAUGUAAUGUGAAGCAAUAAAAUAGUUGUAUGAAAAAGGCAACUAACUCCACACUUGUAAAACUAAAAUGAUUCUGGAAUAGUGCAGUGACGCCUAAUUCUUUGCAAUUUUAGAACAUCCUUUCAAAAAUAUUUUUGAAGAAAUGUUAAAUAGAAGAAUUAACUUUAAUUAUAGAUUUUACUAACAAUGACUAAUUGUUAAAAGUAAGGAUUAUGAUGUUGCAAUGUAAAUAUUUUACGACUAACAGACUAAUGUUUGUAAUUCUGUUGAAUUUUAAGACGAUUUUUUUUCACUCUGGUUUUAUACGUCGGAUCUUUUGAAAUGCCCGUGUUUUGCAAAUAUGAUUAUAAUAUCAUAAUCAAAAUUAAUUAGGAAAAAAGCACAAAAAAAUUAAAAUUUAUGAGGAUUAAAUUUUUACAUUAGAAACUUAUUAUGACGUAAUUAAUUUUUAUUUAGUCUUAUAAAUUCAGCGACGGUCAAAUAAAAGUGAAAUGGUGUUUUUGCCUUCACAAACAUUAAGCAAUAGUUUUAGUUGUUACAAGUAAGUUUAGGCUAAAAUUCUAAAGUACGAUAAUUCAAUUAGGUAUCAAAAAAAUUGUAUAUCAGUACAAAGAAUUUAAAAAUUAAAAGGUAAUACUAUCAAAAUGAUGUUUUUAUCAUAAAAAUGACGUUUUUGCUUCACAUAAAAAUAUAUUUUGAUAUGAACGGUGUUUAUUUCUAAGAUUUAGAAUUGUGUGGGUCGACAAUUUGGAUGAAUAAAAAUUGGUAUUUAGGUUUUUUACAGUUUGGACCAAAAUUUUCAUAUUACAACUCGUGUUCACAGUACUUAACGGUUCGAAAUCAAUAUUUAAGGUAGAUCACACACCUUUUGUGGGGGGUAUUUCAAUCAUAUAAUAGUACUUUUGUACGUAAUAUUCAGGAAACACUGAUUUUUUUAUUAUGUUCUUUUCAUUUAUUUCCUUUGCUAUUGUUAAGCUCUGUUGAAGCGAGCGUGUGAAAAUUUCUAGAAAAUCUUAAGUACCUAAUUUUUAGGUAGUAUUUUUAAAUAGGUUAAAAAAUUAUAAAGAGAAAAAUAAGCUUAGAUUAUAAAUUAUUGUGUGUGCAUUUUCUGUUUAUAAAUAGUAACUAAUGUGGAGAGAUUGUCUUUUGUCACGAGUUGGAACUCUAAUACAAUAGUUUAAAAAACAAAUUUUAGCCUUUUAUACAGAAUAUCAGUUUAAGAUAAACUAUUGACUAUUGUAACAGAAAGUCCACAGAUUUAUAUGCAAUUCAGAAAUAAAUAUAAUAAUUUAAGAGUAUAA